AGUCUAGAAGUACCUGUGACGUGUUUGGGAGGACUGUCAAUUGUUGGGGAGAAAAGCGGCCGUGUGGAUGAGUUUUGGUCAUCUGCUUCGUCCAUAUAACUUCCAAUGGCGGCCUGUUAAAAGGCAAGAAUAUGUCAAAAGCUACUACAGUGCACGAAGAGAGCGUAAGGAAUGUGGGGAGUCUGUUUAGCUCAUACAUCCUACUUUGCAGUCAAAUCAUGCCGGACCCGCCGCAGAAGCUCGCUCUGAACUGCAGUCUCUUGGAGCAGCUUCAGGCACGGUUUCCAUCAGAUACACCACCCAGUCCUUCAUCACCAAUCGCAAAAGGCAUUGCUGCACUUGAGCGUCGGGCAUCGAGCAGGUCUGCGGCAAGCCAUCUGAACAAACCUGGCUCGCCAUUCGAACGCAGUCGUACUGUAUCACCUCUACCUCCUCAUGUGAAUCUGACAAUCGACACAAGUUCUGGCAUCAAAAGCACAGCUUCUUCGCCUGGUCCAUUGACGGGCAGUCGCCGAAUACCUCCAUCGUUAAUAAAGUCCAAGAUGAGGCCUCCCAGUGAGCUGUUUCUACCCACACCACCAACUGCGAGAAGUAAAGGGUUCAGAUUCUCAACAACAAUCCCUGAGGAUGGUCUCGCAAUCAAGUCAGAGCCAGCUACACCUGCUACCACGGCAUCAAUACCGUUCAUUCCAUCACCUCCAUUAUCGCCCAUCUCUGCCUCAAUCGCCGACGCUAUAAGUCGUGUCGAUGUGGGCACAUCAGUUCAAAAUGCCAUUGACAAUCUGAGCAAACCUGAGGCAAAUCGUUUCAUAUUUCCACCUUUGCGCUCCUCGACCGCACCACCUGCAAGUCUGCGACGGCAACCUAGCUUUGCAUCUAUCAAGUCAUCGAGAUCAUUGCCUUUGCGUGCACUCAGCACUCGCCUUGGUAGGUUGAGUCGUGCAGGGGGCAGCAGGUCUCGUGGCGCUGGAGUACAUUCCCACUCUCCGAAGAAACGCGGCUCCCAGUUUUCUGGCAUCGACAAAGACAUCACCGCUGACAGGAGAGUCAGCAUGAUGAUGGCGAAGCACAAGUCCAAUUUGGAGAGUGUGCUAGCGUCUCCAAUCGAAGAACAACUCCCAGCGAGACCGGUGCUGAAAAAGGCAACAACGAGUGGCAUGCCUUGGCGCAAGAAAGCCAGAGGCGAGACGAUGAGCAUGCUACUUGAUUCAGGGUUCUUUCCCAUCCAGGAAUUCAUCUAUGAGAAGAAUGAAUCCCCGCAAUUAGCAACACGUAGUCCGAACAAACGCAACCAACUUGCUUUGAACAUUCUGGUCAAGGACCUACCGAGCGACCGUCCUUCUUCUAUCGUCAGUACGCCUACAAACUUCUAUCACCCAGGUUCUAUGAGCUUGAAAAGGUCGACUCGCAAUUACCAACGUCGAUCCCUGGGUGUGCGUCAGCGAAUCUUGAACGCAGCUUCCAUAUCAAGCUCGCAGAUUUCCCCCACCAUGGUGACCCACCAUACUGUAGCUGCACCCCCGCUAUCACCUGUUACUCCAACAAGCCCAUUAACACCUACCAAAGCUCUUGCAGCUCUCACAGCCGGUAUGCUCUUACCUCCAUCACCAGGCUCCGACGAAAGUCCCAAGUCCGGUCAACCUUCCCCUGGCAUUCUCGAAGUGAUUCCGGAAGACGGCCAUGUUACUGCUACCGUUCACUCAACCCCCUCUCCCGCCUCGCAUACAUCAAUGCGAUCCAUACCAGAAGCCCCUGCACUUCCUUAUGCAGUCGCAAGUGAAAUACACUUGAGUUCAGGAACUGUCCUUAUGGUCAAGACACCAGAAUCAACAGCCUGGCGCCGCUCCGUGUAUAUCCAAGGACUGAUCAAAUUACCCACACCCACAGUGAUGCCUCGGAAAGGCAGCAUAGCAACGCUCGAAGCUUUUCAAGACAGCCUCGGCAGUACUCCAGUCCCACGACGUAAGAGUGAGGACAUGGCCGCCGAUGACAUCUGCGAUUGGUACGAUACAUGGGCUUAUGACGCUGUAUCUUUCGCAUCGGAUGAGUUCACGCUGGACGAGACUCACUUAAGCACCGAAUGGGCUUUAUCACCAUUGAAUGAGGAACCAGAAAGUCCCGUCGAUCGCACAGUCCGCUUUCCACCUCCCGCACCUCCUCUGGCCAAAGAAUUCGCAGCUGCAAUGGUCAGCGACAGGCAGGAAAGCCUUGCCAUCAAACCCAGACCCAGAAUGAGCAUGCCCAUGGUACCACUACCCGAAUCACCCAAAACACCAUCAAUCAUCAGCAGCAACAAAGGUCAUAGCAGAAAUAGCAGUGGCGAAACUAGCUACAAAAGCGCAGCUAGUGAUCCGAUCAUCCGUAUAGACAGCAGAGGUAGUGGUAUGAGCACUGUGUCAUCUGUGGAAGAGAAGAGUUGGUUGGAGACCGACAAGAACAAGGACAAGGAUAAGGGCAAAAGAAGAGAAAGCAGUUCUGGAGAACCACUCAAGGCAAAGCCGAAAAUGAGUAGAAUGAGAAGAUUUGUACAGACUGCUUCGGCGAUUUUGUGAGCAGAAGGAUGAUAGUGUCCAGCAGUAGUAAUUCAGCAAUCCAUCACUUGGUAGCGCGAGAUUCAUGAUUCACCACACGACUUCAACAGAAUGUGAUUUGUCCAUGUGUAUUUGAAUGUUUUAUAAAAGCAUCA